UUUUUUUUCCCUUUCUUCACUUCACCUCUGCAUUUUCCUUUUAUCUCUUUCCCGAAUGUUAUGUUAUGUUAUGUUAUGUCAUGUUAUGUUAGCAGAGAGAGAGAUCAGGUAACUCUUUUUGGUUAGGGUUUAAAGAGGGGGCAUGCCGAAGUAGGGCUCCUCGGUUUUCCUUUUUAAGCAACCCCAAAGUCCCACUGAGAUUUCACGUAAUUGUCUUGGCUAAAUCGGUAAAUCGCUGCCUCCAUCAUGGCGUGAUAAAUGAAACAAAAAGAGUUGGUAUUGGUAAAAUCCCUUUGCCUUUCCCCACUCCCCCGCGCUCUCUCCACCCUCUUUUAUCCUUCUUCAGCUGUUUCCUUUUCUUCCACAUAUAAAAGGUUCGCUCCGUGUGUUCCUCCUCUUUCGGGAUCUAUCGGUCGCGCGGCACCUAAUCUAACCCCUCCCGCAGUCAGAUCGGCUAGGAGAGCCGCCGGCCGGAGAGAAGCCAGCCCAUCUGUAGCCGCCCUCGGAGAAGCAAAGGGAAAAACAUGGUGAGGGGGAAGACCCAGAUGAAGCGCAUCGAGAAUGCCACGAGCAGGCAGGUCACCUUCUCCAAGCGCCGGAAUGGACUCCUCAAGAAGGCCUUCGAGCUCUCCGUCCUCUGCGACGCCGAGGUCGCCCUCAUCGUCUUCUCCCCGCGAGGCAAGCUCUAUGAGUUCUCCAGCACCUGCAUGCAAAAGACCUUGGAACGCUACCACGGUCAUUCCAAAGAUGUCGAUGUCAACAACAGGCCAGCCGAGACAAGUGUGCAAUGGAGACAUGAAGCUGCAAACAUGGCCAAGAAGGUUGAGCAGCUAGAGAUCACAAAAAGGAGGCUCAUGGGUGAAGGUUUGGGAUCGUGCUCCAUGGAAGAGCUUCAAGAGAUAGAAGGCCAAUUGGAACGAAGCCUCAACAAUAUUAGGGAACGGAAGGUUCAUUUGUUUCUGGAGCAGAUUGAGAAGUUGAAAGAAAAGCAAAGGGCCUUGUCAGAGGAAAAUGCACUGCUGCGUGAAAAGUGUGAAGUGCAACACCAACUUCACCAAGCUGCCCAAAAGGAAGCCCAAAUCAAUUUGGAGGAUGACCAACACCCAGACGUCGAAACAGAACUGUUUAUUGGAAGGCCAGAAGGUAGGAGGGUUUCUUCCUACUUGUAAGCUUCAAUUGGAUGCUGCUGGUCCCUGACCAUCAUUAUGAUAAUAAUCCAAAACUUUAAAAAGGAAAAAUGGAAAAUGACUGACUCAAGUGUAUAUACUCGAGUGGAGAGACAGAAGACAGGACUUUCGUAUGGAUGCACAGUCUUAAUUACAAAGAGAGACGAUUAAGAAGAAAGAACCAUAUUGUAAGGUCUAGAGACAAGAAUGAUAUUUGGCAUGAGAAAUGUCCAAGCUCGCUAGUGUGAAUUCGAAUUACCCUGCGUAACGCAUUCUUCUGAUAAAAUUUAUGCUGGAAAAGGCUUGUCAAAUUUCGAAAAUUUAGGACGAGUUUUUCUUCAUCUGCCAUGUUUCUUUAUGUAAGCUUAUCAUGCAGUGACUGUUUCUUCUUA